CUUGUCUGAAGAGAUGAUGAGAGGAAGUACAGAAAAGCGUGGAAGCAGAACAGCCGCAAAGCUCGCAACUAACGCUUGCCUAACUUCUUCUCUCUUUUAUUACAAUGUCGCACAUUGCUUUAGCCUCUCCCUCCGUCAUCGCUUUUCACCGCGGAGCGAAGCAAUGGAGCGCGCUAUUUCCCAGUUUCCGGAGAACUACGGGAACCGCUUCGUCUUUGUUCGCAAGUUCUCUCAGGAAACGGUUGCAAUUGCGGUUUUCCGCUUCGGCGGAAACUGGCGGCAGUGGAGGUGUUGCGGAGGAAAUAUCUGAGGCCGAAAAAGAGCCUACGAAUUUCGCGUGGCCCGAUUACAAGAAACCUAGAGUGUGCAUACUAGGAGGUGGAUUUGGUGGCUUAUACACUGCUUUGAGGUUGGAAUCGUUGGAAUGGCCAGACGAUAAAAAACCACAGAUUGUUCUUGUUGAUCAGUCUGAACGUUUUGUUUUCAAGCCAAUGUUGUAUGAGCUUCUAUCUGGAGAAGUGGACGAAUGGGAAAUAGCUCCUCGUUUCUCAGAUUUGCUGGCAAACACCAGUGUGCAGUUUUUCAAAGACAGAGUAAAACUUUUGCUUCCCUCUGAUCACUGGGGAAUGAAUGGAUCCAAAUCUACUCACGGAGGAACUGUUCAUCUUGAAAGUGGCCUUCUUAUAGAAUAUGACUGGCUGGUUCUUGCAUUGGGAGCUGAAGCUAAACUGGAUGUUGUGCCAGGGGCAGCUGAAUUUGCAAUUCCUUUCUCAACAUUAGAGGAUGCACGUAAAGUCAAUGCUAAAUUAACAACAUUAGAGAGAAAGAACUUUGGCAAGGACAUCCAAAUUAGUGUGGCUGUUGUUGGUUGUGGUUACUCUGGAGUUGAAUUGGCUGCAACACUAGCAGAGCGAUUACAAAAUAGAGGAAUUGUGAGAGCAAUUAAUGUCGAAACAAUGAUUUGCCCAAAUGCCCCACCUGGCAACAGGGAAGCUGCACUAAAAGUUCUUUCAUCAAGGAAAGUUGAACUUUUAUUGGGUUAUUUUGUCCGCUGUAUUCGGAGGCUUAGUGAAUUGGAGUAUGCAGAUACGCUGACAGGGGUAGAUGAAAAUACUAUUGAAACUGUGCCUGAUUUUGAGAAAUAUAUACUGGAGCUACAACCUGCUGAAAGGGGAAUGCAAAGCAAAGUCAUUGAAGCAGAUCUGGUGUUGUGGACUGUUGGAACCAAACCUCCUCUUCCUCAGCUGGAACCUUCAGAUGUACCAUUUGUAAUUCCACUUAAUGCCCGAGGACAAGCUGAAACAGAUGAAACUCUUCGUGUUAAGGGUCACCCUCGGAUAUUUGCCCUUGGCGACUCUUCUGCAUUAAGGGAUUCAAAUGGAAGGGUCCUUCCAGCCACUGCACAGGUUGCAUUUCAGCAAGCAGAUUUCACUGGUUGGAAUCUGUGGGCUGCAAUCAACGGGCGUCCACUUUUGCCAUUUAGGUUUCAGAAUCUAGGUGAGAUGAUGACCCUGGGAAGAAAUGAUGGUGUCAUUUCUCCGAGUUUUGUUGAUGGUCUGGUCUUAGAAGGUUCUAUUGGUCAUACUGCGAGGAAGAUAGCUUAUUUGAUCAGGUUACCAACGGAUGAACAUAGGCUUAAAGUGGGGAUUAGCUGGCUUACAAAAUCUGCUAUUGAUUCCGUGUCAUCCCUACAAAGUACCUUGUACAAGGUCCUUUCGGGCUCUUAGCUGCAGAUUGAUAUGUAUAUAGCUAUUGCUAAGCGUUUUUAUUUAGGCUGCAGAAUUUAACAGCCGUGGUUUUGUUCCUUGUAUCACAAAGGAUUGUUUGUAAGUGUGAAUCGUAGAUCUCUAAAAUACAAGGUCGAGGACAGCGAUUAUUACUGAUAAUAAAGUGAAAUUGUCAGAAAUGGAAGGAAUUGGUGUCAUUCUAUUUUAACACUCUA